CAACGCCUUUUAAGUGAAGCCAAGCCAUCUCCAAGUAUCCUUAAUCCCCCUAGAAAUGGUGCAUACCAGUAACCACCCAGUAAUCACCUUGGAAAUGGGGUAAAAUAAGAGAAAUGUGCAGGCCGGUGAUGUGGGUCUCUAGGGCAGCUGUGUGUGUAGGUUAAGUUUCCGCAUUUCUCGCUUAUUUUCGUGACUGGCAGCGAUCAGGAGGGUGUUUCUCGUCGCCACGCCCUGUGCUGAGAGUGAGUGAUCACAGGAUGCCGGUAGGAGAGGCACACAUCCACUCACCAUGCUGAUGGACCAGGAGCCAGUGAGCAUAUUUUCCCCAUGGGCUUCAUACGACCUCGGCACCUCUCUACUCAACAAACAAAGUUGUCGUGGAAGGACAGGAAGUUUAGAGAAGGGCAGUGGAGCUGGUGGCGGGGGCGAUGGCGGUAGCGGUGGUGGAGGCAGCCUGGGAGGGAGCCGGCUGGUGGAUGCACUCAUAUCCAGUGUGUUGGACGAGACCGACCAGCUUGGCCUGGCACACCUUCAGGACAAACCAGAGAAUUGUGGCACCAGUGGUAGCAUUGGCAGCUCACGGCUCCUGGGGAGGGAGACGGGGGGUGAUGGAGUGCUGUGGGGGGUUGGUGGCGGCAGCAGCAAUGGUGGCCUGGGGCGCGGGAACCACUCAGAUGAUUUCUUCUCAGCCCCAGUUCAUCCUCAGACCCAGACAGACUUCAUGAACUACCUGUUUGAUUCAGCACUGCAGGAGGAAGAGACCAGCUUGCAAGGAAACUAUGGAGAAUUUUUCCGAGAGCGAGAAUUGAGUGGCAGUUCCCGGGACUCUGGGUAUGGCUCAUUCCUUGGAGUGGGUGGCUCAGGGUCCCCACCAGGCAUGUCCUGUGGUAGCCAAGCCUCCCUGUGUGAUCUGCGCAAGGGGCCACCUGACGCACUUCCCCUCCCAGCCAAUGGUCGCAUCAGCCACGACUUUGACCAACUCACCAGUGAGUUAAAUGCUCAUAAGAACUUCCUGGACAACCUACAUCGUCUCAAUCAGUUGAAUGGUGGCAGCUCCCCAGGCCUCCCGCUCCUCACGCCUUUAGGGGAUCUAGAUCCCCUCCUGGCUGGGUCUGAUCUAGGAGACACCUCCACUCUGGGAUUAAGUCAGCUCCUCCCACCCACAAGGGACCUUCCCCAUGAUCUCCUGCCUCCCUCGUCAACGCCCACUUCCAGCGGUCCAUUCUCCAUGUCCUCCCUGGGGGUUAAGUCAACCCUGGGCAUUGACAUGAUCCGUGGCCAGCCUCCCACAGUCUCAGGGUCAGGGCCACCAGUCCAGUCCACACAUCAGACCAAUGGUCUUGGUGACAAGGGACAACAAAUUGCCAACCUCCUCAGUGGGAUGAACAUCAACGAUGCCUCCUCCCAGGCUGGCGUGGGACCCCUCAGCAGUCAUCACCUGGGGGCUCUCGCUGCCCUGUGUGCGCCCAAUCUCUCUGCCUCAGCAGCUAACCAAGUUAACUCGGGUAACCUCAAUGGUCAUGCCCUCUCCAGCAGACCUCAGUCAUCACCAAAGUACCUAAAUUCUCAGCCAUGUAUCUCUACCAAUGGGGAAAUCUCUCCCAGCAUGAUGAGGAAGCCGCGUCCCGACGAUGAGCGCAGUGUGUCCCUGUGUCUGGGCUCCCAGCCUGGUAGUCAGGGCUCCCCACCUGGGUCCAGGAUGCCAGACCAACUCGUUGGACCCUCCAAGGACGGUCCAGGGCACUGUGGGCCUGUGGGGCCAAAAGGGCCAUUCCUGGUGCCUCCACCAACAUUCCCCCCAACUGAUGGUGUGCCACCCUGGGAACUCAUUCCCCCUGUAACAGAAGUUUUUCCUCCACAUGGACCUCCUCCUCCUCUUCUUCCUCCAAACACAGAUCUCCUACCUCCAUUUGCUGACCUUCCCCCUCAUCCCCUCCUCUCCAUACCACCACCACUGCUGGGGUUCAGACCAUUCAGAGAACAAUUUUGUUGCAGGCGCUCAGGUGGAAGCAGUGAGCUUCACUCGCGGCUGGAGGAAUGCUACGACCAGUUUCGCCAACUGGAGAGAGAACGAAAGAAGACAGAGGCUGAGCUGGCCCGCUGUUUCCCUGGGAAGAGGGUGUCCUCUGCCAACACAGUGCCACUGCCCCGCCUGCCUCCCUCGCCCUCACGUGUCGACCGCCUCAUUAUUGAUCACCUGAGGGAGCAUGCCAGGGUGGUGACCCUGAUUGGCAAAAUGGAGCGGCUGCGUGGUUCAUCCCUGCAGUCAGGCAUCCAUCGCUCUGUGGCCCAGUGGCACGAAGCCGUCACCAGUGUGCAGGAGAAGAGGCGGGAUGAGGUAGUGAAUGCCAUCACACAGCGCCACAACCCUCUGCCCAACGGCCACAGCACUAGCGAGCAAGACCUCAUGGCUCUGGCAGCUGCAAUGGGGACCCUUGCCAAUGCUAGCCGUGGUGCUCGCACUGCCAUGUUCUGUGCUCUGACCCUCACCACACACUACAGCAUGGAGCCUAGCCUUGCCUCGGCCUCUGCCUUGCCUCCCAACCUCCUGCCUGAGUCAUGUUCCUCUGCUGCCUCUCUUUCUCCCGAGGCAACCCCAGAGCCUUCACAGUUGUCCCCGGCUGCCUCAUCUUCAUCAGCCUCAUCCUCAUCCCUGUCUUGUACUGCUGCUGCUUCCUCAUCUAUUUCUUCAUCUUCCAUGUCAUCUUCCUCUCCAUCCUCCUCCUCUUCCCCCUCCUCCUCUUCAUCUCCAGCAUCCUCUGUGCCUCCAACACUGACUCUCUCCUCUACUACAGAAGCUUCACAAGUUGCUUCUCGUCCUUCCACCUCUUCUACAUCCUCUCCUUCCCCUGCAUCUCCUUCUCCUUCUUCCUCUCCUUCUUCAUCUCCAUCAGCUUCAUCUAUCCCCUCCUCCUCUUCCUCCUUGUCCUCCUCCUCCUCCUCCUCCUCCCCCUCCCCCUCUUCCUCCUCAUCCUCCUCCUCCUCCUCCUCCUCCUCCUCCUCUUCCUCCUCCACAACUCCGGCACCAGUCAUCUCUGAGGACGGCUCUGUGGUGAGUGCCAGUGAGAAGAGCGAGACUCCACCCACUCCCACCACCACAUGUGACACCAUUACCACCACAACCACAGCUACUGACGACCAGGUGUGUGUUGGCGCCUCCCCCAGCUCACCACCGCCUCCACCGCCACACACCACGGCAGCCUCCACCCCCACUACAACACCCUCCACCACUACCUCCCCUCCUGUGCCCUAAUGUCUCACAAGUAAGUGGUAGUAGAACAAGGUGAGAAUCGUGAAAACUUUUAAUUUAGGUAUUAACUAUUUGAUAAAAUGUUAUUUGGUUGCUGUGACUUCAAAUUGUAUGAAAUGCAAUUUGUUAGUACAAUAUAAUGAUGAUUACAACAACUAGAAACAGGUACUUAAAUCAAAUUUAUUAUUUUAUAAAAGAUCAAGAUUGAAACCUUGAAGUAAUACUGUAACAUAUUGAUGUGUGUGAUGUAAAGUUUUGAUAACGUGAGUUGGAACAAUUUAGAGUCGUUUAGUGUUACUGACAUGAUCAUGGUUAUGGUCCAAAGAACCAGUGUUGAGCAUCAAAAUGCCAGUCAAUAAUGUUUGGGGUAAUGAGUCAUGAAUUACCAUGCUUCAAGAUGUAUGUAUGUCCAUUGAUGGUUAAUGUUGCUAUGUUAAGGAUGAACAAAAGAUUAUUGCUGUUAACUAGUAGCCCAAGAUCUAUAUUUGUAUGACAUAUAUGGAGUAUAUACAGUAUGUAUGGAUAUAUUUGUGUACAAAACACAUGCACAUAAAUAUAUCAAUAUAUACAUGGAUACAUAACUUCAUACAUAGAUAUUACUAUUUAAUAUUAUGGAUGGGUAGAAGCACAAUUCAUGGUUAGACUUCCUGUCUUGGAACUAGCUAAUACCCAGCCCAUCAGCUAGCUGUUGGUCAGGUCUCUCACAUGCUGCUGCAAUGAAUACUUACUCAAAUUUUUAUACACUUUUCAUGUUAAUGUAAUUUUACCCUAAAUUUCAAGAGUGGGUCAAUAUGCAUGCAUCAAAUUAGGGUUACCUAAAAUUUUUACAUGGGUGCUAAUUUUUUUGGUCAAUUGUGCAUGACUUGAAGCAAAGUGAAAUGAUGGGUGACUUUUAUCCUAGGAGAUAAUUUGUUGCAAGGCUUGAGGGAGACACUGAAGCUUAUGACAAACUCACAAGUGAUUGUGCCAACCAGGGCUCAUUAGCUCUCAGAAGCUUGCUCAUCAGUUCAUAUCUCUUCUCACAGUUCAAGUGGAGAGCAAUAUAGAGUAUGAUUUUUUGCAUCUGCUAUAGGAUUUCUAUCACAUUUCAGUUAAUAUAUAUAUGGAAUAAUUUAUAUUUUUUGCAGUUUAUAUAAUGAUGCUAACAAUACAAGGACCCUGUGAAUUCAGAUUAUGUAGUACCUUAGGUUUCUUAGCUUUUUAUGUUUUAAGAAGGGUUCUCUCAGCGUUUCAUUAUGUUUGUGGAAACGUCUCCAUGAAAGAUGACAAAGAUGUACCCGACUGAUUGGCAGACACAUUGGAUCUUCACUUAUCUUGUUUGACUGCUAGUAAGACAACGUGUCUCUCAUAGUGGCCUUUCCGGAUAAUUUAGCUUAGUUCUUGUUGGGCUGGGUAGCUCAUUGUCACCCUUUAGGGCACACUGAAACACAUGUAUUGGGGAACCUCUCCAAGGGUCUGUGGACAGGGAUGCACCCUUUGAAGUAUUAUUAUUACUAUUAUUUAUUGAUUUAUUUAUCAUCAUUAUUAUUUUUUUCCAUUGCAUGUAGGUACGCUCAGACGUUAUUGAUGAUCCUUUCAGUUUGUGUCCACAGGCUCAUGUUUUAUGUAUAUUUGUCACUCAUGGUGUAUAUCAUAUUUUUCAAAAGCUUUGCCAGUGUUGCAGCAAUAACUAGGCUCAGAUUAGUCUCAGCAUGGGUUCAGCAUAACUUAUUGGCAGCUGUAUUUCAUGCAUUAUACAUUCAUGCAUUAUGAAUAUUAAGUUUGAUAAAUAAAAAAAAAAAAUCCUUGAAAAGUCACCAUUUGGGACUCAACAAGUUUGAAAGGCACUAUGUAUGCCAGAAGCAAAAAUUAAUGUGCAGACAAAGCACUUAAUGUUUCACCAAUUUCAUUAACACCAAUCUGACAUAAAGAAUUAUAUAGAGGCUUUCAUAUUAAACUUGGCAUGCAACUACUGACCAGAGGCGAGGUGACGGCGUGUGCUCACCCCUCCCUCUCUCUCUCAGACGCCCGAGCAUGCUGCUGCCCCUUGCUGGUGACGAGCAAAACUAGGCUUCUUCAGAAAGGGUUGUAGCUUAACUCACUGUGAUAACUAUUGCAUGGUAAUGUGAUUCUGUAUUACUUAUUAAUCCUUUGAUAUGGAGGCAAUCUCUGGAAGACUGUUUAGAAGUGGGUACAAGUGUGCUUCUUAGGGGAGGGGGAAGGUGUCUCAUAUUGUCAUGAUGGUUGAACAAGUAUCUAGUUGCCUACUUCCCAGUGCUCUGCCAUAUCAACCAUUUGUACACCAUGGCGGCCUUUACUUGGCCCAUACCCCAUUACUCUUCUUUUCAUCUGGAACACACUAGGUAAUAUUAAGUAAGGAUGAUGAAUAAUCCCAGUUUUUUUUUAUCAUCUACAUAGAUACUUUUCUUUUUGCUUUUGUGUAGCACUCAGUUGACAGUUGUUGUUCUGCCUGGAGAGGACGUGCCAAUUACUCCCAGACUCUCACAGUGUCAUCGCGUUGUUGAUGGACAUCCGUUGGUUUUUCUAUUUUGUAACGUAGCUUUUAGACCGUUUUGAUCGAUCGGUCUGACUUCAGUUACCCGUGUUUUUUCCUUUUUAAUUCAGCUUUAUUUGUUCAUCGUUUUCUUUCUCUGGAAAUUUUUACUGGGUUCAUAUUUAUAUGGUUUGUUGAUGUUCUAGUCUGUCACAAGGUACAUUAUCAUUCUUAUUAUUGUCAAUCAUUAUUAUUAUUAUUAUUGCUCUAUUAUUCUCAUUACUUAUUUUUAUAACUAACAUAUGAUUAUUUAUUCAUAAUUUCUGUGGUGGAUAUUGCUGUGCUUCUCCUAGGAAUUGGUGUAUGGUGUUAGCGUAUGGUGUUGGCCUUGCUGUGCUAGGUGAGGCUGUAGGCUGUGGCAGAAGUGAGAUGUGGAUAAACUCCUAACUCAGUGGAAGAGGAGGAGGAGGAGGAGGAGGAGGGGGGAGUUGAAGAUGAAGGAGGAGGAGGAGUAGAAGGUGAAGACAAAGUAGUAGGAGGAGGAGGAGGAGGAGGAGGAGGAGUCAUAGGAGGCUAAGAGUAUUGUGUUGUCACAAGGAGGUUCUCAUUGCCCAAGAUUGUGGGCAUCAUCUUGAAUGAGCUGGAUUUUGUUUGCUUUGUAUGGAUGUAUGUCUUUUUGGGGGUACAGGGAUAUAUCUAUUUUAAGUGGAUGCAUUUACCAACAUGCUUAUUUUUAUUGAAUAUGAUUUUUUUGUUGUGUGUGUGCUUACCUCCAUAGUAUUUGGAAGUGUGUGUCAUCUUUAGUAAUGUAGAUUUUUGUGCCUUUCAUUCCUUGAUUAGUUGACAAAGUUGUGGAAUUUUUGUUGACUACUGCAACUAAAGGGGAACCUAGACUGGGCUUGUGCUGGUUCAUGUGCAGCUCAGUCACUCUUUGCACUGUUGUGUGUUCAUGGCGUUAAGUGUGUGUUUUGGGCAUACUCAGGUUUGUGUUUAAAACUUUCUUGUUAAACUGCAGUGCUUUGUCUCAUUCAAGCUCUUUUCCUCUACCUAUUUUUUCUUUUUCUUUCCCUCUCCAUUUUUUAUUAUGCUUCUGGCAAGAUAUUCAGUGUUUGAUGCCUUACAUACAUUACAAAAACCUAUUGUUGGAUAAAGCACACCUUAACCAGAUCCGAGAGAGAGACUUGUGCUCUGUGAUUGCGUUGCUCCCUGUGCCUCACCCCUGAAGGAAGCUGCUGAUCCUGAAACAUUUUGCAAAACUGCAUCAUGUUCAUUCCUCCUCAUGGGCUCAUGUUGUCUUAUCACAGGAAAUUUAUUAUUGUUUUUAUUCUGAAGGAAUGAACCUCAGUGAGGAAAUUUACUGUUGUUUUUAUUCUGAAGGAGUGAACCUCUGUGCAUUUUUAAUCAGAUGAGAAUUUGAUGUAUUAUCAGACUUUACCAAGUCUUACGUUGACGAGGAUAUUUUCUUAAGUGUUGUUGUUUUUAAAAAGGCGAUCAUGUUUCUGUUCAACAAACGUCCUGCUGAGGGGUGUGGGGCAGGCUGGUGCUGCCCGCCAGGAGGUGGAAGGGUGCGGGAAAGUUACCGGGCUGUGUUAUGUGUGUUUUGAGAUACGUAACUGUCAUCUGUACAGCAUCAAGAGUUUUCACGUUUUUACUGCCCAUGAAUAAUUAGUGAUGACCAACAAGUGCAUGUUCGUCUUACUGUACAAUAAUAAAAAUUUUGUUCUGUGGAUGGCUAGAUGUUAGGCUCAGGUGAGGCGUAUUGAGGCUGUGUGAUGGAAAUAGAGCUUCGUGAGCUGUUACUUUGAUGGAAAUUUAGAACCUUCUUAACGGCUUCAUAACCAAAGCAGUAACAUUAGUAAUCAUAGUUUUGCAUUGUGUAUGUGAUCAGUAGGAUUUUUUUUUUUUUUUUUUUUUUUUUUUUUUUUUCCUUCCUCCCUCACACAAAGGAAGAUCUUCACAAUGACUAGCUGAGGCUGAGGAUGUAAAUUAGUCUGUUGAUCUGUUCUGUGUGUGAAGUUUCUGUGUUUGGUUCAUAGUUUGCAGAACCAGCAAUCCACAGGGUGGGUGAACCAGCAUAUCUCAGGGUCUUUGUUUGCUCCUAGAAGUCUUAUGCUGAGUGAAUAUAAUAAAGUAAUAAUCCAUAAUAGUGUUAGCUAUUUUUUUUUUAUUAUUUUUAUUUAUGCAAGUGUUAACUGCUAUUUACCUCAAGGUUUACAUUUAGCAUUAUAUAAAUAUAUAUACAUCUCAAGUCCACCAGUUCACAGGGCAGUUGGAAGUCUCUCUCACCAGUAUUGGUAUCAGUCGUAACAAACAGCAAUGAGGCAAUUAGCAACCAUGUGCUUUGGGUAGGCACUCUGCCCAGGGAGGGAACUUAAUUGCUCUGUGAAGGGACAUUCUUUUGAGCACUGGUUAGUCACUGACGUGUAGAACUUUUUGAAGACAUUUUCUGAGUAAUUUACUGUUGAAAUUGCUCACACUUUCAAAGGAGGGGUGCCAUCCAGGGCUGCUAUAAUCAAGACUUGUCGACUGUCUCACUGUGGAGGUGACUCAGAAUCAUGAUACCUUUAUUGUUUGAGUUGUUUACACAGACCAUUCAUUGCCUAACUAACUAAACUCUAAAGGCUAAAUUUUAUGGAAGAGUUGAAUGACUACCAUGAGGUUGAAAUCCAUAACCUUAAGUGUGUUGAAUAAAGCCUUGUGGGUGGGGGCAAGAGAAAAUUAGAUGUCAAACAUGUCAGUCAUAGUGAAGUCCUUGCCAUGGGCUGAGGGCAUCAGUGGUGAACACAAGUCAGCAAACACAAAGCAUGAGGUCCUGCCCUGGACAAAACACCCCUCUGUGUAUACUUACUUGGGGAUAGGGAGCACAUGGUAAUUCAUUUGUAUGUAUAUAGGAUUUUUAAAUUAUUGUUAUUUUGCCAUAAGGAAGUAUUACUAUCUAUAUAAAUAUUUAUCAUAUCUUGUAUAAUAUGCUAUUUAGGAUAUGCAAUGCUGAUGUAACACUAAAACAUGACAAUACUUGAAGAUGCCUAUCAUCACUGCAUUCUGGCUGGACCAAACUGUGGGUCUCUCAAGGUCUGCCUGUCACAACUCUAGUUUGUGUCACUUUCAUAAAGCCACCCAGGGUUAGUGUUUUGUUGUCACUAGGAGAGUCUGAUCAUGACAAUCAACCUGGUCCAUAUAGAUACAUGUUUGGAAGGGUGACCUGCUGAGUGUGAGGAGGCCCCACCAUAGAACACAUUCAAACAUAUGAUGAAAACAGUGGAGAAAUUCUAUGAUUCGCACAGGUGUCCUCUUUCCGAUUGACCUUGUCGCUGGUAGUCUCUGUGAACCCAAAAUUAGGGUGUAUAUGCACGAUUUGCUCAAAUUUAUUAUUGUCGUUAUUGCCUGUUUUACAAGGCUGAAAGGAAUUGAUAUGCAUUAGUGAUCUGUGUAGCUUAGAAGGAAAUUGUCAAAUGGAUAUUUGUUUAUAAUUUGCUAGAGCCACCAUUUUAUUUUUGUUAGGUGAAUAUAUUUAUACCUUGUGGUAAGCACUGUAUGUCUAUUAUUGCUGUACCAGCACUGGAAGCAAUGCACUGAAUGUUUCCAGCCCAGAUACUGAAAUGCCCUUCUCCCUGAGCAUGCCGCACCACCACACACGUCUCAGUGGGUGUGUUGUCAAACAAGUCUCAGUUGGUUUACAUAAUAUAAACAAAAAUACAAAAAAAAAAAAAAAAAAAAAAAUCAGGAUAAGGGCUAAAUUACAUAAAUAUAAUGUAUUUCAUCUGAGAUAUCUGUAAGCUAUUAGUUAUUUGGUGCUCACCUUUAAUUAUUAAUACACUUAUUAAAUAUUAGAUUAGUCUGGAGCUUGUGCUGCUCACUGUGUCACCAACACUUGGUUUGAAGCAAUCCCAGUGAGGAACACUGAUUGUGAUUUAAUGCUGUGGGUAUUUACCUGUAUUGUGAGAGCAUUUCAAAAUAUUAUGCAUUAUUAUUAGUAAGCACUAGCUAUGUAUGAUUAAGAAUCAUUGAUUCCUACUUUUUCUGUGUUAUGAAAAGAGAUAUACUCUAUUGACCUCUGCUGUAUACCAAACCAGUCGUUCCAGUCGUUGGUCUUGUUCUUUUCGCUGCCCCGAUGAAAGAUUGGGAUGAGCAAAUUAGAAAUUUGAGCCACCUAGGGCAGCCCAUUUUGAUGGUUUUAAGAUUAAGCUUCAACAUUGUUUUCUUAGGACAGUUGUGUGGCUCACUAGCUGUGUUUUAUUUGAUGUUUAGCUGAUGCACUAUAUGAUACCUGCCUUACUCUGAAAUAUUUAACCAAACCUGCUGAUGUUCUUACUACAUUCAUUCCACCAAAUAGGAGCUUAGAUUAUGCGUAUUGUGCUAAGCUGAAAGUUCUAUUUAGUUUUUAUUUGUAUACACAGGACGGCACAAUACAGUGAAAUUUAUGGCCUGUCAAACUUGAAGAUAUGUAGCAAAAUUAAGUUAACAUUUUGAUUUUUAUAGUUUAGCGUAACUUUUCAACAACACACAAAAAUAAUUGGCAGGGGAUUGUCAUUGUACAUCAGAAUUGGGUGUGGGUACUUUGGCUCUGUAUGCCAAUAUGCUGGUGAUGCAUUGCCUUAACAUAUGUUGGCUCUGUACUGAUCCAUAGGUGAUACACUGCCACACUUGUGCUAGCUUUGUACCCUGACCAAUGGCAAUUCCUGGCCACAUAUGUUGGCUCUGCAUGGCAACCAGCUGGUGAUACAUUGCUGUAACACACAUGUAGGCUCUGUACAUCGACCCAUUGGUAGUACAUUGCUGUAACACACAUAUACAUACAUGCUUAUACAGUAUAUUUUCUCAUCCACAAAGAUGUAGAGGAACUGCAAGAAACACAGUAUUUUGUCAGGGUCAAUGUUGUAGACAUAAUAGCUGAAUAAUAAUGAUAAUAGGCAAUUACCAAUGCAAGGGAGACAUGUCUUUAUCUGGCUUGGAAUGCUAUGGUUGUGACAAUUUUUCACACUGCUCUACCUGGCAGCACCAUCUCUGAGAAACGUUAGUCCUUGGUUCUCAUUGCCUGAAUGUGGUGGCCAUGGGUGGUAUCUCAGUCAACUGGUUCCUUGUCCUUUGCCAAACAGAAGAGUACAGGGAGUCCUCAUUACUUGAUUGCCAAUAAAUCAGUCUUGUGUUCGUGAAUGGAUUUCUCUUGGUUUUAAACACUGAUGUCUGGAAGAUGCUAUGCAAUUCUUUGAGCAGAAUCUAAUGUGGGAUCAAAGGAUGACUAUGCCAUUUAUCUUUUUGCAAACUGUGAAUGAAUGUUAUUUUCUCUCUCUCUCUCUCUCUCUCUCUCUCUCUCUCUCUCUCUCUCUCUCUCUCUCUCUCUCUCUCUCUCUCUCUCUCUCUCUCUCUCUCUCUCUCUCUCUCUCUCUCACAGUGGAAACUAGAAAGUUAUUUAUUUAAUGCUGUCUUUCAUAUGCACAAGAAAUGACAAGUUUUUGAUAUCUUUACAAUAUUGUCAAUUUUCACAUUGUAUCAAUUGUUACAAGAAAAUGAGUAUUCCUUGUGCUUGACUAUGCCAGAAAGUAUUGGAUCUGGCUGCUAAUGCUAUUGAUAUUGGAAGUGCUAAUUACUGUUGGGCAAAAAACCCAAACCCGUGUUCCACAUUCCGGUGAUAAUUCUUAGUCAUUGUAACCAUAUCAGGUGUAGAUAGACCUUAUAUUCUGUGGCAUUUCAAACUGUGACUUCUCUUGCAUAUAGCAGUGACCAAGAGGCAAAUGAUUUGGCUGUAGCCCCUUGAAGACGUGGCGGUUGGUCUCACAGUAAUGUUAGUUGCCAGCAGCAGGGACACUCGGCACAUGGUCUGGUUCUGUUCUGCUUGUGUCACUUAGGUUUUGUUUGUUCUUUCCUGCGCUGCUCCUUUCACUGACUUGAUUUGAGAUGGUGCUACCAAAUUAUUGUUUUUACUACAUGUACUGCUAGUCUGUCUUACAUAUAUCACUGCUCUCUGUCUUUCUCUGUCUCUACCUAUCUCUCUCUCUAUCUCCUCUCUCUCUUAUGCCAACUUACAUUUACUGCUUUACCGUCCAAUGAAGAAGAAUGCUUCACUUGAUCCACGAUACAUAAUAUGACCCAAAGUUAACUAAAAUAUUCCUUGAGAAAAUAGUAAUAAUGAUGAAGCCAGUAUUAGAGGAAGUGACUCAGUUCUUAUGGGGCUUCAGGUAUAUAGCUUACAAAGAUUUCAAGUUGUCACCAUUGCUGUUUUUACUUUGUUGCCAGCAAACACCUUUUAUUCAAUAUUUUUAUCCAAGUUUAUAACCUCAGCAUACCAAAUAAACUAAACAUAUAUUAGAAUUAGAUGCCAUACUAUGGAGCUUAAUGUUCAAUUCUAUUCUGUAUUGCUGCCAUUUUCUAGCCCAAUAAGAAAGUAUUAAAUACUCUACACUUCUAAGUCCAGUAAGGUUAUAUAUAGGUGAUGGAAGGAAUCCCUUGAAUUUGCUACAUAUUAACAUGUCAGUAAUACAAUAUGUGAUGAACCUAUCCAUAUUAUGAUGCAUGGGACUUGUAGAUUCUGAAUUCAGUAAUGAUGUUAGAGAUCGUGAUUUAUAUUGUUUUACAUAACUAGAAUUUGCCGGUGAUGUCACACUCUGCUUGCUAGUUCCUUAUGGUGGCCGCUUCCCCCCAUUACACUUAACUGUGGCCUUGUGUGUCAAAUGUUGGUAGCUCUCAGAAUCUUGGGAUGUGUUGCCUCCCCUCACUGUGACCCUGGGAGUGCCACACACACCCUGGUGAAGGCACUCUGGGCACUGAUGCCUCUAGACCCUGCCACUGUCUGCUGGGGCCCACAUGUUAUAACAAGAGCCUUACUGCAGGUCUGUAAUUGAGUGCAUAUGUUAUGUAUCUUAAAGGAUGCCAAAGAUUUGCUGUUAUUGGUGUCUGUGUCAUAGUGGAUGUCUUCUUGACUGUUCAUGUCAAUGGUUGUUUCAUAUCUCCCAUCGUUUAGAAACUAUGGAACUGUAGGUCUUCCCAAAACGAGAUGAUAGAAGUCACAUAUGAGUUUUGCCUUUGUCCCAGCAAGGUAUUUUUUCAUGAAGUCAAAUUCUGAGGUAUUGUCUUACUCUUCCAGUUACAUACUUAUCAUACUCAUGUUCUGAAUAUACCUUUGGGCCAUUACAAAGGGAUGUGGCAGUGCACAUUUCCUAACCUCUCAAAUGGUAUGCCCAAUAAUAGCAAGUAGCUGUCUUUUCCUGUAUGGUAAGCAGUCACUUUAGAUAAUGGCAUUAGUUGUUAUUCCACAAAGUUGUUAAGGAUAGUUCUUUCUUGUGUGAUCAGGUAUUAUAAUAUAGGACUACUUGAGAGAAACUGUAGAUAUAGUGGAAGCACCAAGCGUUCUCACAACCUUGGUCAUGCAAAUGGGUCAAUACUUCACUCCUGCACCAGCUGCUGUUAAUGAGAGAUAUACAACUUAAAAGUGUAAUCGAGCAGUUCCAAAAUACAUAUCAUUGAUCACUGAGAUCUUGAGCCAGUGAUAGUGAUUGACCAUUAUCAUCAGUUAUUCUCCUCUAUACUCGGUUUUAACAUUAAGUUAGAGUUACAUGAUUUCUGAGACAGUGUAGUUGUUCUCGAAACAGCUAAGCUUGUAUGAUUACCAAUAGGUAUAUGAGUUGGUUUUCUGUUUUGUGUUUAAACAGUUUUAAGUUUGUUAUUAUGUUGAGAAUAGUUAAUAUGCAUAUUUAGAGUGUGAAUAGAAGGCUGUUCUGUGAAUGCUUACAAGUAGGAGCUGUUGGAUAAAAUGAGACGAGAUUGAACCACGUGGUUGUUUGGGAGUAUUUCUUGGUCUCUAGAGGGUAGUGAUGGAAAAUCAAAUAGACACAGUUUAUAGUAAUAACCCAAUACUGCUUUGAUCUGUGGCCAUUGACACUUAUGAUGUCAGGAGCUUUAUUGGGUGGUAGCAUUUCAUGGUGCACAAACAGGAAGGCAUGCAGGAGAGUAUUUUUAUGAGAUCAGCAUUUAUGUGCCUUAUGCAGGACGUAUGAGACACACCUUUCUUUGUAAGCAGUGAUGCGAGUCGUAUUGCACUCCACUAAGGCACAAAACUGCUGUUCUGGACACAUGCUACCUGUGGCCCAUUCCAUCUCCUCUCAUGUUUGGUGUUUCUUCCAGUUUCCUUCCUUAACAAAAAAGUAAUUGAGUGAUAUUAUGGUGGAAUUUAAAGUUAUACAUGAAUGUGCUUUUCAUUAUAGCUAUAUUUAGCCAUGUAGACAUUAUAUGAUUAUAAGUUGAUGAGUGCAAUGAAGUGUCAUUCAUGGAACAUCUAAACAUUUUUUAUAUUGCUCCAAACUGGUAGCAAAUUUCCAUUUAUAUUUACUGUUGAGUUAUUUGAAAAGUAGGCAUUGGAGGGCUUUGAGAGUGCAAAUGGUAGUUUAGGUAUGAUAUUACUUAACAUUAGAGUUAGAUGCCUAAUAAGUAAUCCUAUAUUGCACCAUAUGACUUACAGGUAUUGAGUCUUGCUCGUAUUGAUGAACACGUGUAGUGGACACAUCACAAAGCUGGGAUGGUUCAGUUGUUUUAUUGUUCUUUUCUUUCUUAUGUAUACAUAGUUAUGGAACAGAAUUUGUUGAUAUUCAGAAAUAACUAUUGGUGUGGAGCUCAGACUGUGAAACUUUUGAAAACUGUGAUUGGGGAGAACAAAGUUGCAAUAUGGUUUAAUAGUCUUAAUUCAAUAUGUAAAAGACAGGUUUUCUUUUAUUAUCAUUUUGAAUGUUAUUCAUUCCUUGUCACUGAAGAGAUUGAAGUGAAAUGUUGUGAUAACAUGCAAUACAUAAAAGGUAAAGGCUAAUUAUUUUCACUGUUUGUAUGAUCUGUUUUCAGCUUCCUGUGUUUUUGUCUUGAGAGGAAUUUUUAUGGUGAUCUCUUUAUGCAUAUUUUUGUGUUUUGAAAUCGUGUUCAGAUCUAAUAACCCACAUGUUUUAGCAGUUUGGCUGAAAUACACGUACCACGAGACUUUUGUGCUUUACGGUUUUUAUUUUUUCUGGAAUAAUGUUGACACUUUCAGAACACAUGGUUUGUACACUAAAUCUGAAAGUUUGCUACAGUGCAAAAACCAGUGGUUGGAAUAUGUUAUUCUGAGUGAGUUUCCUGAAUGGAUUAAGAUGCACCAUAGAGCUUAUCUCGAAUGGCAAGAUAUUCCUGUACAGGCUCCACAAGAAUUACUCUUUGCCUUUUAAAGGAUGCUUGCAAACACUACAAAAGUGCUAUUUUGAUUUCUAUAUAUAAGUAUUAUGCAUUUAUAUAUAUAUAUAUAUAUAUAUAUAUAUAUAUAUAUAUAUAUAUAUAUAUAUAUAUAUAUAUAUAUAUAUAUAUAUAUAUGUGUGUGUAUGUGUGCAUACAUACAUUGCAUGAAUUGAAGAUAAUUAUAAUUUAUCACUGCGAGAGUAGUUUUGACACAUUAAUUGCUUAAUAUGUUGAAGCACCUCUGAUAUAGCCAACUUUGGUGUUAAUCGUAUUUUAGCUGCAUUCUUUCAAAGGUAUAACUUCUGUUGACCAUUUAGCCAAUAAUGUGUUCAUGGUAGUAACUAUUGGACAAGUAGUUCUUUAAAAGGCUUUGUUUCAGUGGUGUGGUAAUCCAGUCUGUGAUUUUUCCUGUGCGGUUUGCAGCUACUGAGGUUGUUGGAGCCUAUAUUUGGCGGACUGAGCAGGCACACUCUUUGACGGGGAUCAAACAAAGGGCAUGAGAUCCAUGACGGCGGGUGCAGGGUGGCCUUAGAGAGCGUAGCCUAGUGCUUGGUUAGGGAGACACCGGCUAGGAUAAUCUCAAGAGUUAGUGUGGACGGCUGGCGUUGGCAGAGGUGUUGCACGUGGUCCCGGGCUCACUUUAAUACACUUAUCGCCAGAUCCUUAAUAACUGUGUCGUGUGCUAUUGUAGAGGAGCUUUUGGUAUAGUCCAAUAUUUAAUCUGAGGAUGGUUGUAUUGUAGUGGCUUUAUUUUGUGUAUUCGUCUCUACUAUAUACUACGUAGGUAUAAUUCAUUUUCAUUAGACUGACUUCAUUAUGGGUAUUGACUGAUAAUGGCUCUCCAUAUCAUUUUGUGGCAUUUCAGCCUAUUUUGGCAUCUUAUUGUAAGGGUCUGUUGAUUAGCUUUGGUCCAAUGCAACUUCUAUUGUAUCCAAGGGAGUCAUAAAGCAACAAGAUUAAUAUUUAAAAAAAGUUCAUAUCAGCAAAAAAUUUAUGCAUUUCUUUUGUUACAGAGUUGGUACAUACAUUUAUUGAACAAAACCUAACCAUAUAAAAAAAAAAAUAUUUAAAUAUUCUCUUUAAAUACUUACAGCAAAGAUUUAAUUAUAUUGUGAUAGCUAUAAAUACUAUAAUGAAAUUUUAAGUAUGUACCUGACAUGAAUGGUGCAUUCAACGUGUGUAGACUUGUGGGAUACAGUAACUUUUUGACUGGUCAGACUAAACGUGUUCAAGGGCACAAUUAUUUUUAGGGAAUGCCUUUCUUAAUGGUUGUGGGUGUUCCAAGGCUGUUGCUCACCUGGCAGUUAAUUUUUAAACCUAGAUGCAAUAGAUUCUAGUAGGUGCAAGGAUUCUGCAGCGUAUAGCAACUACACACUUAGCUUAAGGUUGAUUUGCCGACGGGAUUGGCGAGAGCAGCGGAUUGAAGGAAGGUUUGGUCAGCGUGUCGUGCUGGGGGAGUGUUCUCAUCAGGUCCAUCAGACGUGCACAAAAUCCAUUCACCUUUAAAUGUGUCCCCAUCUGCUGGUUUAUGUUCAUCUCAGGUAGUGCAGUAAUUCUAAGAGUUUAUUUAUUGUUGUAAACAUUUAAUAAAGAGCCGUGCCAAACUGUUACUGAAAGGUUGAAGAGUUUAUUGUAAAUUUCAAGCUGUAGCUUCUCAAUCCUCGCUUCAAGAUGAGGGAAAUUUAUUUUCUCAGGGGGUGAAAGUGAUUCUGUGAUUAUUUCUUGUCUGACUAGAUCUUGUUUCUUGUAUAUUUUUUGGUUCUUAACACUGCUAGUCACCAAAUUUGAUACGCAUGUUCUCCAGCAGUAUAAAGGUGUAUCUCAAAAAACAAAGUAUCUGAGGAAAAUGGACGGACAAGUGUUGGUAGACUUGCCUGCCGUGCCGUGGGGAGCAUCGCUGUGUCCCCGGCCCUGUGGCUUGGCUGUGGGGCUUGCAUGCAUGUGGCUGGCAGUGAGGGCGGGGGUUUGGGUGUGUUGCUGACCUAUCGGGUGUUGCUGGUGGUAUAGAAGAAAGCUGGGACGUGAUUUUGCUCAUUAUCUGCUGUUUGCCGGAUUUGAAAUUUGUAUAUCAUCCAGGUGAAAUACUAUUACUAAGGGUUUGUGUUUCCCUCUGCUCCUGGAGGGAACUCAGUGGUUAUGUACUUGCAAUUCUCACACACUCUUGUACGGAAAACUGAAGGGUUUGUCACCAACGAGUUUUUAUCUGUGUUGCUAAGAUUAUUAUUGCCCCCAAUUCCUUGGGCUUAGCUUGGAAGGCUAAGUUGCAAGCUUGCCCUUCCUAUGCCAGCCUUACUCAUUACAUGUAACACACAACAACAACAACAAAAUACACACACACACACACACACACACACACACACACACACACACACACACACACACACACACACACACACACACACACACACACACACACACACACA